AUGGCGACUGUUACUAGCGUGGCCUUACCCCCCACGCAAGGGCCUGUCGGGUCUGGAAUGCUCGACGAGAGUGCCAUUGACAAGGGAGAAUCUAACAGUUCACCGACGGCCUCCGGACGAAAAAGAAAGUCCUCUUCCGGUGGCCCGCUGCAGCAGCCUUCCAUUUCCAGCAAAAAUGGUACCGUUCGCCAGAAAAUCACUCGAGCUUGUGACUCGUGUAAAGUCAAAAAGACUAGGUGCACAGGGACGCUGCCGUGCACUCGGUGCACGCGGCUGUCGCUCUCCUGCAAUUAUAAUGCAGCCUACUCCAGAGGACUUCCUCCCGACCCACUCCCUGCAUCGCCGGACCCAGGUGAGCCUGCGGCCACGGCUGCCGGGUCUGGUACUUCAGAGGUUGGUCGUACGUUCAGGGGCUCGCGUUCGCGUGCCACCACAGCCGCUGUGACGGCUAGGGAACCUGUCAGCAGCCAUCAUGGCUACCUAAGCCAACCUCACGGGGUAUCAUUGCGUAACUCCCCCGAGCCGGGUUCGACUGACUUUGAGGGCAACUACAUCGGCCCUUCCUCGGGAGUAUCGUUCAUCAAUCGCGUUUGGAGCAGAUUGCACCAGGAUGAGAGGGCGCAUAUCCCUGAUGCGCUGCAAAAUGAGUCUUCGACGAACACCGCCGUAUUCAUGUUUGGCGAUAAGCCGUACUCGCACCCUCAGGAUGUGGAUUUUAUGCUGCCAUCAUUUGAGACGGCGAUGGAGCUUGUCGCGGUAUAUUUUGACUUCUCAAUGGUGACCUACCGCUUUUUGCAUCGUGGAAGCGUGGAGAACUGGGUGAAACAAGUAUAUGAGAGUCAUAUCUCGAUAUCGAAUCUGCCAGUGGGGGUUAUGGUAGCCCGAACGGCUAUUGUUCUGAUGAUUUUUGCAGUGAGCACCCUUCAUCACAAAGAUCCACCGCCAACGAACGGGAUCAGUCAAAGUGAGCGCUGGUACGCGGCCUCAAAGUAUAUGCUAUCUCUUGAGUCGGGGCCUCCACGCUUGGAGACAAUUCAAGUUAGACUCAUCCAAUGCCUGUACCUUUUAUCAUCGUCACGGGCCAACGAGUGCUGGUACUCCUUUGGAACAGCAUUGCAAGUUGUAACAGCUCUUGGAUUGCACCGAAAGUUUCCCGUGAAGCUAUCAAAGAAUGGAUGCUCCCAUUUUGAGUUGGAAUUGCGGAAACGCGUCUUUUGGAGCGUUUACACUUUGGAUAAGUACCUCAGUAUCAUGUUCGGACGGCCUCGGCUACUUCAUGAUGAGGACAUUGAUCAGGAGUUCCCGGGCGAAAUGAAUGAUGAAGAUCUGCUGGAAGAGGACCCGACACGGCGGACAGGAUCUACAGAUAGCAUGAUGAUCGCAUCUGUCCUGCAUUACCGCCUCGGUCGAAUCUUGGGCGAAAUCUCUCGACAACUGUACAGUAUCAACCCUCUUUCGCGGGACUCUCCACUUGAAACAGCUGCCCGCCUCACAUCUGAACUGGAAAAAUGGAAAGAAAGCGUACCCCCUCUCUUCAACAGCGUUCGACCAUCCAGUCUAAUACCGCCCCUCUGCCGACAAAGCCAGGUUCUGCAAUUCGCCUACGCCCACGCCAUGAUCCACGUUACUCGUUCAUUCCUCCUCAAUGACUUUACCGACCUCAGCCGUCGACCAAGUGACCCCCAUCCAAUGGUCAGCGCUCAUGUACAAAAGUGUAUCUCCGCAGCUGAAGAUAUCAUGACACUGGUCGACGACCUUGCGCAACAGAACAUCUUUGUUCAAUCAUUCUGGUUCACCCAUUACGUCACAUUUUGUGCUAUCUUAGUCGUCUAUAUCCACAUCAUCCAACAACAUCGCCAGGCAACGGCGCCGAGUCCAACAGCAGGAAGUCCCACUGACCCUGGGAAAUUGCAUUCUUUGUUCCUGUUAGCCGAAGCCUGUCAGCAAUACUUGGCGGAAGCUACUCGCAAAAACUGUCCUAGUAGGCGGUACAGCAUUAUUCUUGGUGAACUAAGGAAAGAAGUCCAUCGCCAUAUUGGCUCAGAUGAGCAGGCUAGCAUUGGAACUAUACGAACAGUAUUUGACGAUAAACAGCUUGUUGAACAAAGGGCGAUAGCUCCCAAUACCGUCGAGCGCACCGUCUCCUUUGAUCCUCCGAACCUGGAUUUCCAGUCAAUGUCAGGUGGUCUACCAUCAAGUGACUUGGGUGCAUCUCUUAACGGUGUGGAUGACGCCGGACUCCUUGAAAACCUGGAGGGUUCAAUUUGGUGGGCGCAGCUUGAUUCCUGGGCUUUAUCGAGUUUCCCAAAUGACCCGUCUGCGUUUGACUUCUGA